GGCCGGGCGACUCCCGCAAACUGCCCGCCGCCACCACCACCCCUCCCCCCCCGCCGGCGGGUACCCCCUCGGACCGGCCCAUGGUUAGUUAAAAACCACUGCAGUAGACAAUGGUUUGCAGCCUUUCUGUAUCUGUGUAAGGAGCCAAUUUUGAGAAGUGACUUGGUGCAGCGGUACCAGCAGGGGGCAUCGGGAGACUGUAAAGCAGAACCUGCCUGGCCUGACCUUGAAAGCUGUGCCAGCUGGCUGAAGGGCUUCCCACGCCUAGAGGAAAAACACAUGCAGGGCCCCAGAUGUGAAGAGCAUUCAGCGCAACCUCGGGGCUUCACCAGGUUACCUGGGGUAAUUCAGAGGUCUGUGGGCCCGGCCAGCUUUAGUCUGCUCACCUUCAAAGUCUAUGCAUCCUCAAAAAAGGACCCACCCGCCAAAGCCUGUCUCAAGGUUAAUGAGCUUUCACUCUACACCAUUCCUGAGGGUCAGUCUAAAUAUGUGGAAGAGACAAAGACCCAACUUGAAGAAAGCUUCUCACAUCUUCGACAUCAUUGUGAGCCAUACAUAAGAUGGUGUGAGGAAAUGUAUAGCCAGACUAAGCCCAAGAUGGAAACACUCAUUCAAUUGGGGUUUGAGAGCUAUGACUUUCUCCAGAAUUCACCACCUGGAUUUUUUCCAAGACUGGGUGUUAUUGGAUUCGCUGGCUUUGUUGGACUCCUUUUUACUAGAGGUUCAAAAAUAAAGAAGUUGGUGUAUCCACCUGCUUUCAUGGGACUGGCUGCUUCUGUUUAUUAUCCACAACAAGCCAUCGUGUUUAUCCAGGUCAACGGGGAGAAAUUGAUUGACUGGGGUUUACGUGGAUAUGUUCUCCUAGAAGAUAAGUGGAAGGAGAACUUUCAAAAGCCAGGAAAUGUGAAGAAUUCACCAGGAAAUAAGUAGAAUACUCCAUGCUCUGCCCAUUUUAAUCAGUUUUAGGUAAACAUUGGAAACUCCAUACAGUAAACCAGUAUUUCUACAGAAAAUGGCAGAGAUGUUAAUAUUGAAUGUAGCAAAUGGCGUUCUUCAGGAAAAACUUUACUAGUCCUCUUUGUUAUCUUGGAUGAUGUCAUCUAAGGGGACUAAUCUAAAAUUCUUUUACCAAUACAUAAUGUACAAGCCUUAGAACUCUAUGUUCUUAUGUUGCUAUUUAUGUACUAAUUAAAAAUCUAAGUUUAAAAAAA